UCUAAAUUAUUUCCCAUGAACAGAGCCCUAUGGUUCCUCUGCGCUUGUGUAUAUUUUGGAUGAGCUGCGAGGGUUGAUUUGUUUUUUGAAAACACUCCAAUGUAAACGUAUGCGUAUGUGGAAAUAGGAGAGUUUGUGUGGGCUGAGGUGUAGCGCAACACUCGUGAUCGUUCUACGGAUGUGACAAGCUUCCCGUGUGUGGCUUCGCGACUAGGUAGAGAUUCAAAUUCUUCAGUGAGCAGUGCGGUCGUGAAUUCAUCACUUCAGACUAUCAACAUGGCAUACGGACUGGACGAUAUUGAUUUGGCUGCGCUGAAGGUGAGUCAGAUUUCGCUAUAUACCCUGACAAUUCCUUUUUAGUGGACUGAAUUCAAAGAUGGUUUGCAAUAGAUCUCGCAAUAUUUUAAGAGCCUUAAGCCGGUGAACUCACAGGUUGAUGAAGAUAUUGAACUUAGAAAAAAUGUGUAAUCCUAAGAGCUGUCAAUACGUGGUGGACUUUCGGCGGAUGCAUUUUUUAAAAUGUAGUUUUUCGCGAUGUACUCGAAAAAGCCGAUGUCUAGACAAUUCAAACGAGAAAUCCCGGUGAUUUUACCUACUGGGCUUUAUCUGUUUCUUUAUCGUGCCUGUAAUUGAUAACUAAGUACUAAGUAUUGCCUUUGCAGGAUCCAGCCGGAAUAUUUGAUCUGGUCGAAGUUGUUGGAAAUGGAACGUAUGGGCAAGUACAUAAGGUAUUGCUAAGAGGAUCUUAGAUAAAAUUGCUCGAUCAGUUCGCGAUGUGUAAUAGUUUCUAGCCCGGUAACUUGUUUUGCUCCAAUACCUGUGCAUUUCAUUUUCCGUGUAAAUUUUUCAUGCGUUUGAAAUAAAGAAUACGUUUCUUUUGUUCUGAAAUGAAUUGCGAUCGCCUUGUCGCAGAUUGCACGGGCUUAAAGCAGAAUUAAAGAGGAUUUUCAUGCAAAUACUCUCUUGACAAUGUGAUGGUUGAUAAUUUGCGAGCUCAACUAUUUAGCUUAAAAUCGAUUACUGAAAAAUAUUUCGUACUCGAGGGACAUCAUUACGUGCACAUUUAGCCAGUUUUUAAGACAACUCUUUGUUUUAUAACAGCUUGAUAACAAAUGAACAGAAGAAUUGACUUCUCUCUUGUUAGACUUCUUAUUUCGUCUUUGAUCAUAUAUUUGAUAAAUUAUUGAUGCUAAGUGGCAGAUAAGAACUUCUGUUGCACGCAAAACACCAUAUACUGAGAGAUCAAUCAGGAUUUAGGAGAGCUUAACGGAGUAUGUGAUGAAAGAACUUGUUGUUUUCACUCCUUCAGUUUCAUUACCAACCAUGUAGAAUAUAUUUCACAUUUCACCUCCUUCGUAUUAAAAACAGAUGUACAUAGUUUGAAGUAGUUUUUGCUUACACCAUACCGAAAAUGUUUGCGCUAGACCCAAACAGAAAAAUAACCUCUUGCCAUCGUGUUUUCUUUAAGUGAAACCUCUAAAUUCCAAAUUUAAACUAUGCAUCGAGUGGUUCUUUAUUCUUUAGACUUAUAAAAAAACUGUGGGACCAAAACAUGUUAGUGUUUGUUCUUUGUUCUUUUAAAUUAACUCAAUUGGAAACAAUUUUAAAGAUAAUUGCUCAUUAUGGAAUGUUGUGAUUUCAAUUUUACAGUAAGUAGAUGAUUGGUUCACUGACACGGCCAGAAUUUCAACUGUCUGUCAAACAGGCAGUAUUUUUACAAACCUCAAACACUAAACAGUGAUCUUUUGAAUAUUUAUUGUUCAUAUUAAUGCUUUCUGUGACUUAAAACUUCAAGUGAAAGAGUUGUUUUAAAAGAAAUUUUGUGACAUCUCAGCAUGUUUUGUUUUAACUUGUUUAUGUUAUGCUAGAAUUUGCAGUUAUGAUUUGGUUUUAAAGUAUGAUACAUAUCUGAAGGAUUGCUUGGUAGGAAAUAACAGUGUUAAUGACAAAUCUGGGAUAGUGGUUUACUCAGUGGGAUCCUCUGCUAAUGGCACUGAGAGAACUCAUGCACUCUGACGAAGGGCUAACGCUUGAAAUGUCAGCUUUGAAACCUUUUACCGUAGCCAAUUUAUGUUAUCAACUCAGUUAAUGAUACCAAAUUAUCCUGUGAGAACUUGGUGGUGGAAUGCAACCCUGUUCAAGUUUUAUUGAAACAAGAUAAUGUGGUCUUAUCAACCCAGUUGAUAAUGUAACUUGAUCACCGUAAAGAGUUUCUCAAGCUGACCUUUGAAGCUUUAGCCCUUUGUCAGAACUCAGUUGUUGAAGAGAGUAACAUUUUGAAAAUUAUGAUUAGCACAGGACAAACAAAACCACUUUCAUCCCUCUGGUGAUUAUGACCAUGGUCAACUCUGAUUGAACACUCAGGAAAACUUGGGCUAUGCUCAGUUAUGUUUGGCACUUCCUUGAUGUUUUGUGAACUUCAGUAGUAAAAUCAUGGAAGACAAAUUUGAAUAUUUCUUUCCUUAACAAAUUCAGGGUCGUCACAAAAGAACUGGGCAACUUGCAGCCAUUAAAAUCAUGGAUGUUACAGAAGUAAGUAUUUCCAACCAUCUCUGUUGAAAUCUUUAUAAUGGAACAUUGACAUAACCCUAUGAAACAUUACUUGCAUAUUGAAUAAAUAUUCAGUUUAUGAUAACUAUGAAUUUUUUUCAGGAUGAAGAGGAAGAAAUUAAGCUUGAAAUAAAUGUUCUUAGAAAGGUAGGUACACAUACAGAAGUCAACCAUCCACCUUGCAAAAUUACCUGAUGAAUCCUUUUACACAAGGAGUAAAAUUAAACUGCAACACAACCCUUUAGUUGGCACAAUUUUUAGAAGAAUUUGUCAUUAGGGGUCAUUGCCUAAAAUUUCUUAUGGAUCAACUUGUCAAAACAUUGAUAACCAGUUGUCAUUUUGGUGCUAGACUUUUCCCAAUCUUUCAAAUUUACAGAUAAUUGACUGUGCGAUUUUUUUUAGUGGGGAUAAGAUAUCAAUUUUGUGGCAUGUUCUGACUAAAUUGUGUGUGUGUAUUCUUUAGUUUUCUCAUCAUCGGAACAUAGCAACAUACUAUGGAGCAUUUGUGAAGAAGGGUUUACCAGGACAGGAGGACCAGCUGUGGGUAUGUUAAUAAUUACUGUUUGUGCACCUCUUUAUGCUUAUUUUAAAUAUAAUGUGCUAAAGAACAACAUUGGAAGUUGCUAUGGCCUAGUUAAAAAUUGAACCUUGGACUGAGAGGUCUGGGUACAAGACCUGACAGGUCAUUGUAAUGUCUCUUUGGUGUAAAACACUUUCUUCCCACAGUGCAUCUCUCCACCCAGAAGUGUGAAUGGGUGCCUUUAACCUGUUAGGGAAGUGUACAUAAAUGGUCAGGGGUGACCUACAGAUGACCACACUGUCCAGUUGAAAUAGACAGACUGUCUCCUAGUUGGCUAGUGCUAUAGAAUUCAGGAAUAGUUACCUGCAAUUAUUGGACACAUAGACUCUCAGCCUCACUUUCCCCACACACAGACAACCUGUUCCGUGACUUAAAUCUUAUUAAUUACUAUCAUUUAAGUAGAAGCAUUCCUGUUUGCCAGUUUUUAGUCGAAGUUGCAUUCAAGGCCAAUGUUAGAUUGUUGGCUGAAGAGUUAGAAAAUUUCCUAUUUAAUUCUUACCGGUGUGAUUGUGUUCUAAUACAUUGUUUGUUUUUUGAUCAGCUUGUAAUGGAAUUUUGUGGUGCAGGAUCCAUAACGGACCUGGUUAAAGGUAAGUAUACAAAUAAUAUUCUACCAGUAAGGUUUGCACUCUGGUGCAAAUUAAACCAAUGUAUAGAGAGGUAAAGCUUGAAUUAUUCUUUAAAUGUUAUUUUUUUGUCUUUGUUUCUUAAAGCUUCAAGAGGAAAAUCUUUGAAGGAAGAAUGGAUCUCAUAUAUAUGCCAUGAAGUGCUGAAUGUAAGUUCUCCAGAGCACUUGUUACUUGGCAUUUGUGAUGUCACUCAUGAUACUUCAUAUUUUCAGGUUUAAAACUUUCAGCUACAUAUGCUUUAUGUCUGAUGUAACUUUCUUUUUUAGGGAGUUAGUCACCUUCAUCAAAACCAUGUCAUUCACAGAGACAUAAAAGGACAGAAUGUGUUACUAACAGACAGUGCCGAGGUGAAGUUAGGUAAGGACAUGCCAUCACUUGUAAAAUGUGUAUUUUUAAUUUCAAUGGCUAGAUUACUGCAUUUACCAAUUUGAUGCUUACUAUGAAGUUCAGAAAUGUUGUCAUGUUUUUUGGUACCAAUCAAGUGACUCAAAUCAACCAAUCAUGGCUAAGCUCUAGAUCCAUUAACUAAAUGACUCACUGCAACAUAACUUACAUUUUUUGAAAUGCCAUUUGAACUUGAAAGGUGCCGUUACAUACACAUGAUGUCACUGUACUAAAAAUUUAAUAUUAAUUCACAAACUUUUAUUAUGUAGUUGAUUUUGGAGUUAGUGCUCAAUUGGACAGGACCAUUGGAAGACGAAAUACCUUUAUUGGAACUCCUUACUGGUAAGAAAAUCUGUUUGUGUUGUAAAACAAAAGAACUUUAUAAAGUCAUUUUUGCUUCUAAGGUAUGCAAUAAAUCACUUAUUUUAUGCUCUACUGUAGAUCUGUAGAAAAUUAUUUGAUUAUUAUAAUUAAUUUUGAAUGUGGACAUCUCUAAGAGAAAUUUAACCUAUUAUUUUUCAUCCUUUGUGAACCUUUACAAAAAAGAAUAAUAUAAAGCUCAGGUUAUGAGACAAAAAUGCAGAUAAACAUGAUCAUUUUUUUGUAGGAUGGCUCCAGAAGUUAUUGCUUGUGAUGAGCAGCCAGAUGCCACAUAUGACAACAGGGUAUGGAAUUUUAGAAAAUCAUUUCUUUAUAAAUGGGUGAAAGGGUUAAAAUGACAUUGGAACUGAUCUCUGUGAAAUUGAAUUUAGCAAAGAGUUAGCAACUUUGAAUUGUGUUGAUCAAAGAAAAUCUUUUUCAUAUUUCAGUGUGAUAUGUGGUCAAUAGGAAUCACUGCAAUUGAAAUGGCUGAAACCCAACCACGUAAGUAUUGUUUCCUCUUAUCAACUGGAAAUUUUAAUUUAAAUCCUGCUUUGAUCAGUAACUGAUGAAAAGAUUACAAGUUAACAUGAGAGAGCUUUCUCCCACAGCUUUAUGUGACAUGCAUCCAAUGAGAGCUUUAUUUCUGAUUCCACGGAGUGAUCCUCCUCGACUGAAGUCAAAGAAGGCAUGGUCCAAGAAAUUCCAUAAUUUUGUCAACACAUGCUUGAUUAAAGAUUACCAGCAUAGACCAACAGCAGACCAGCUUUUACAGGUAAAGUUGUUUCUAUCAUUGUUAUUAUCGGCUUUGACUCAUCUACACUGAAGUUGUCAUUGUUGUUGUCAUCUUUAUCAUUAUUAUUAUCAUCAGCAUCAUUAUCAUCAUAUCUAAGACAUAGUAAAUAUGCAUUGAUUGGUUGAGCUUAAUAAUAUUGAUAACAGUAAUAAUAAUAACAUUAAUUGACCUCUCACCCAAGCAGGGUUUUCAGUGCCAAUACAAACAAAUUGAAACAAACAUUGUAAAUAACCAACUGACAGGAGACAGACCAGUUGGCUGUGUACAAAGCACAGCCAAGAAGUUGAACUUGGGGCAAUUGCAAACAAAUCUAGAGAGCAGCAAGAUGUCCGGUAGUCCAAUGGUCGGUGCACUGGGCUCCGAGUUGGACAACCCGGAUUCUAGUCCUGGCCAGGUCAAGGCGUUGUGCCCUUGAGACGUGCAGGAAAAAAAAAUUGCAAGCUCCACUUUUAGGCUUGGCUAAAUCUAUAUAUCAUAAUCCUAACCCUAAGCAUUCAAGGAGGAAUAUUGUAAAGAAAUUGCAAAAAUUUUGAGAGUAUGAGAGGAUUUUAAAAUAAGUUGUGAAUCUGUGAAUUGAAACAUAUUGAAAGUUUUGCAUUAUCUUUUUGGUUCACUUCUGGCCUGCUCAGGUACCUUGCUUUAUUCUGUAAAAGAAGAAUUCAAGUUUAUUUUUUAUUUUAACUGCAGCAUGAAUUUAUCCGUGAUGCAAGAUCGCAUGAGAGGAAGAUAAGAAUUGAAUUGAAGGAUUUCAUUGAUAGGAUGAAAAAGAAGAGAGGUAAGUGCAGUUGUUUGUGUUCUUUUAACUUGUGAACAGUUACUGAACCAUGGUAAGAUUUUUGGUGUUGUGUUUUGAAGUAACAGUAUUUUCUGCUAUUUCUUGCAGCACCACCUGAUCAUGAAGAAGAAUAUCAGUAUUCAGGAAGUGAGGAGGAAGAUGAGCAGUUGUUAGCAGGAAUGAUUGCCGAGGAAAUGGGGUGAGAACCUUAUCAUCAGGAAAGUUCAUUCUUGCUAGAGUAUUCCUUCACUCGGAAGGAAGUAGUGCCUGGUAACCAGUUUUAGGUUAUGGAAUAGUACAUUAGUAGCUAUGCACUGUAAAAUUGGGAGUCACAAAGUUCUAUUUUGAGUCUUUUGUUGAGAUGUUCUCUUUAGGGUACCAUCUCAUUUAAAAACUCAACUGAUUCACUUGACACUUGUUUCUUUCUGACAGUAUUGUAAAUGUUCAGUCAACUUUGAGGAGAAAUUUAACCCUCAUGCAAGGAGGAACUUUUGGAAGAGGUGAGAUUCUGGUAAAUUAGAGGUACACAAUAACAAACAUAGCAGUAGGAAUUUACUUUAAAGGGAAUUUACUAUGUUAGAGACAUCUUCAGAGUUCUGAUUAAACCUGUUGAUUUUGCAUCUGAAUGUCAUACUGGAGAUAAAUUUGCCUAUUACUGUUGUUUAAGUCAAUGUUCAUUGCAAAACAUUUGUAACUUAUACAUCAGUUUAAAUUUCAGAGAUCUGUAAAGUUUCUUGAAUCAUUAAUGAUCUGAACCAUGCUUUUCAGGUAAUAAUUAUCCACCAAGAAAGACAAGCAGUGGCAGCAGCCCAGUGAGUGAUACAUCUCAUUUCUCUCCUUCUUUUUAGUUAUUAAAAGAGCAAAAACAGAUGUUCUAAUAUAUUUUGUAAUCUUUAAACUAACUGUCAAGACCUUGAAAAAGUAUGACACAACUUUAAUGCAUGUAAAAUUGAUUAGAAGUUUCAAGCUGAUUCUGGGUUUUUCUAUCAUAAGGUAAUUGAAUGUCACAUGAAACACCUUAAGCAAAAUGUUGAAUCAGCAUCAUCAGAAAGGUUCUUCGUUUAAGGGAAAUUUUUACAGCCACUUAUCCUAUUAGGCUAUUUCAUUUAUCUCAAUCUUGAGUCUGAAAAUUGAAAAUAAAGGUAUGAAAAAGUCUUGAAUUUUUAGCACUUAAGUUUUUUACAAAUCUUGAAACAAGGCAGCUAGUCUCUUUGUCUUGCAGCCAUUGUUUGGACACAACAUUCUGUAGAGGGAGAGUGCUUUGUGUGUCAAGUCUAAAUGAUGGCUGUGAAAGUGAAUACCACCCUCUUUGAGUUUACCAAGUUGUUUUCCUCUCCUUCCUGUUGCAGGAAAUGAACCUGAACCAUGGUGCACCUCAGUACAUGGGUGCAACUGGUGGUUAUGACAAUGAUGUGUUCCUGGACACCAGUGUUGACAGCUUCAUGACUUUUCAAACAGAUGACACCCUUACAGCAUCCAGCCAUUCACGACACCGGUGAGGCUUACCGCCCAACCUUUGCCAAUAAGCUACACCUUAAGGUGGCAUGUUGCAUUCUUCUGACCCUGAUUUUCUGUACUUUGUAGCAAGGAACUUAAAGCAUUGUCUGCUUUUAUUUAUUGGCUGCCAAGUAAUUCAGGGCUAUGUAAACAUUUAGGUUGGAUAUCUGGUUGAUAAUAUGGGAUGCAUAAAACGUUUUUUAUUUGCUAAUCGUUUCAGGGUAUCUUUGGAUGAGCAGCAAGAUGGUGAAUCCACACUUAGACCUCAAAGAGAAGGUAGGUAGUGACAGCACAUUUCUGUUUUGUAAUUGUUGAUGUAAAACAUUCAUUGAUGACUUCUGCUAAGCUUAUUGAACAUCAAUCACAUCAGCCUCUGUAAGAGACAACAGUCCAUUUCAGGAAUAUCCUUGCCCCAGAAAUCAAGUCUCAUAAGUGAUUUUUGGCUUUUUGGUUGUGAUUGAAUUUUUAAUUCAAAACUAAUUUAUCUCCCUCAGCUCACCAAGAGGAUUUGGAUGGAUAUGAUACAAUGGUGGUAAAAGAUGACGAUGAUGACUCGGUAUUAAGCUUUGCUCUUUGUUUUAUCAUUUGUUUUUUAGUUUUUAUUGAGUUUAAAUUACUUCAGUAAGCCGUUGGCAGUCUGCUUUGGAAAAUGUGCCCUCUGUUAUCAGAAGAUGAACCCUUCUUUCGUUUUGACCUUAUCUUCGUUACUCAGUGUUUUUUUUGUUUUCUUGUGCCUAGUUACUGAGAAAAAUGAAUUAAGCAAACACUAAACUGAUACGUUUCCAAGAAUGGAUUAAUAACGUCAUAAUAUUUUUCUUCAGCAGUCAAGUGCCUCAACUGCCAGUAUCGGUGAGGCAAGCAACCCCACCCGACUCCUGACGAACAAUCUGCCAGACGUGCUACCAACACAACAGCAAGUAAAGGUAUGAGGAGUGGCGUUAUGCAAUAAAUAUCACAGGUCUGCAAUGUGUGCAGAGCAGGGUUCAGAGAGGAGAAUGAUAUCAUUGAAAUUUCAUAAGUCAUUAAUAAAUAAUUUCUACAAUCAUUUUCAGAACUUUUGACUGAAUUUUUUUUUACUGUUUGGGGAUUUUACUGGUGAAAUCUUACUUCUCAAACAUGGUUUUUCUCCGCCGCGUUCGCCAUCUUCUCAAGAACUAAUGAUAUAUUUUUUUCUCAUUUCAGAAGUCUCAGACUGAGCGCCAUAAGUCAUCAGAUGAAUCCAUUGCCUCCUCCAUUGUGCCUCAGGACCCUAGGAGAGACAGGAAAUUCUCCAAACAACGAAGUUUUGGCUUCAGUCGUCAGUCCCAGGCUCCCUCUGAGGUGUCGGUGAACUUGACCCCUGACAGAACCUCAAUCGCUAACUUGGACGAUAUGGGAGUAAGUUGACUCGCUCAUUGUUCGCUAGAACAGGCUCUACUGUUUUUCCUGGUUAUCUUGGGCGAGCGCAAUGGACUGCAAGUGGCAGGCAAAUAAAAUCGUCAAUUAAAAUAUUGUUAUUUUCCUCUUGCGCUCGCCUAGCGCGCGUGUGAAGAACCCGAGCCAGCCCACAGCUCGUGUUACUGACUCGCGUUCGCCUUCCCCGCGUGUAACUGACUCUUGCACGCCUCCGCGCGUGCAGCUGACUCACACACUCUUUACUUGCGUGUAAGUGACCCGCGUUGCUAAAACGCCCCAGCUCGCUUGAUGUAAGAAACAUUGAGACGUCCCACGCGAGACGUCCCACGCGAGAACGAUUAACGUAACGAGAUAUAUUGUUUUGUUUGUACAGUGCAGAAGUGAUUUUGUUGAUUGACGGACACGUGAGCCAAGUAAUAUAAUCACAUGUACAUAAUAGACUUUGAUUAGUACCUUUUCGAAGCGAAGACGAGUGUUUUAUGCGGAGUUACAAAGUUCAGGUUUUACGAUACGAGUUAGAUGUGGUAGUAAGUGCGAAUCAAUAAAAGUAAUCAAGAAAUUACGUCUCGAAGUUUACAAUACUUGAAAAGGCAGAAAAUAAUUAGCGUAGGCUCUCUACUGUACAUAAACGACGUAAAUAACAGUUUGAAAAAACUUACAAAUUUAUUAAUUCCUGUCUUCUGUUAGAUGCCGCAGAUAAGAAAGUACAAGUACAAAUUCCGAACAGAAAUCUUAUGUGGAGCUCUGUGGGGUACUGAAGAAUUUACAGACUUGUACUCAGUCUUGUGACUUACUAUUUAUUUUUGUGGCCUUUUGAUUUAAUAAACAUCUAAUACAUCUUCUCCUUGUGCUACAUUUUCAGGAGUCAACCUUCUUGUUGGAACAGAAAGUGGAUUAUUUUUACUGGAUCGGAGUGGUUAUGGCAAAGGUGGAUGAUAAUUUUGUGUGUACUUUAAUCCUCGCCAGUUUUUUCGAUCUUCGUUGUAUUAGUAUUUUUGCUGUUUAUCGUCAUUUUGUGUGUGUGUUUGUCUGUUCUUGUUCCUUGAAUUUAGAACUAACCCAAGUUGUGGCGUUCUUUUUCAGUUUUUCAAUUGAUAUCUAGACGCAGAUUCCAACAGAUAGAUGUACUUGAGGGGAUAAACGUUCUUAUUUCCAUCAGUGGUAGGUUUUUUUUCCACUACCCUCCUCAUCUCGUUCUUUUAAGCCUUUAAUCCCUAAGAGUGACUAGCAUCUAAUUUCUCCUUACAAUGUUACCACUGAAUCACACAUUAAUGUCAUGAGAAUAAAGGAAAUGAUCACUUACUUAAGAAACUUUUGAUUGUGAGACAAAUUCUCCUUGUCAGCACCUUAGUAAAUGUACAGUGAACAGUAUGGAGAAUAUGAAUACUGAUCAAGCACAUUGAGAUCCUGUUGAGCCCAAGUUUGAACUAAGUUUUCAUUUCUCAAUCUUUAAAAAUUUAAUCUAUUUUCUCCUUUCUAGGAAAACAAAACAAACUCCGUGUGUAUUAUCUGUCAUGGCUGAAAGCGAAGAUUCUAAAGGGAGAAGAGGUAUAGAAGCUCGUGGUUCUUUAGAGCACAUAUGUCUACAUUUUUCGCAGAUAAAACGAAAAUGUUUUUGUAUUUUUUCCAGGUGUCUGUCUGUAAUGCUGUAUGUGUUUUCUUUUCUGUUUUUUUAAAUUUGUGUGCAGGCGGAGAAUAUCCGAAGGCAGCGAGGUUACACAACAGUCGGUGAUCUGGAGGGAUGUGUUCACUACAAAGUUGGUAAGACUGAUUCAAAUCUUUACCACAAUAAUUUUUCACGAAUGUUUUUUCCGAUUUCGAUUACAUGAAACCUACCCCCCUCGAUACUUCGUCGUCCGCGUUUCGUCCAUCCACAUUUAGGCCUGGUUGGAGAUAGGUACUGUGCGAAUAAAUUGUCUUGUCAGGGCUCGAACCCAACCCCCCUUCCGGAAUCCCGCGUGGUAACCAUCGCGCAACCUCGUAUUCCAGAUAGAAGCAGUGAUUAUUGACCAACGACUCUCUUACCUUGCAGUGAAUUUCCACCGAAUCAAAUUUCUUGCCAUCGCCACUGAGAACAUGAUUGAAGUUUACGCUUGGGCUCCAAAACCAUAUCACAAGUUUAUGGCUUUUAAGGUGAGCUUAACUGAGUAAUUACUGCACAACAGAAUUUUUGAUAGUCGAUGUUUUCUAGCUCACUGUCUUAAAAACCGAGCUUAAGAACGAAUCUUGUAGCCCGGUUUUUGUGUAGUAACUUUCUGGCGGAACACUUGACUUAUUCUUGACCCGGAAAUCUUACUCCCAGUCUCACCCCUGUCUAUUCGACUGGGUGGGUAGAUUAGGAAUGGGGAGAGUUUACUUGACCUGCUGUUAAAGUCUAGAGGAUCUUACGUGGAUAUCUUGCACCAAACACUUUCCGAGCACUCUCCUUUAGUUAUUAUUAAUAAGUGUUUUUUUUUCUUUCUUCAGUCUUUCUCGUACUUACCCCAGAAACCUCUGAUGUUGAAUGUAUCAAUAGAGGCGGAAAACAGCAGACUAAAAGUCUGUUACUCCUCUGAAAUAGGUUAGUGCAAUCUUACCUUUCCCACUGCCCCCUCCUUCCUCUCCAAAGGUUACCAAUGCUAGUGGCAAACGGAACAAUCCACAAUUGCUCAUCAGAAAUUGUAGGUCAUUGGAACCCCACCCCACCCCCGCUCCACCCUCAAGGUUACCAUCGCUUGUGAUAAACAGAAAAUCGUUACUAAGUAUGCAUCAGAAGCUGUAUCAAACAUUCUUUCUUUGUAAGAAGACACUCAAAUUUCUGAGCCCAGAGGGUGGCGUUGGCUAUUUCUGAAAUGCCCCAAGCCUUUGUUUGAUAACGAGAGUAAGUGUUAAACCAGUGACAUGGAAAAGAUUUGAUUCCUAUGAGCAUACAAUUCAUUUGCACAUAAAAAAAAACUUUUGGAACCCGAGGAUGGCCUGUAACUCUAUAAGGCUCAGACUAAGGCCAAACUCAUUUACUAGCUCAUCACGAGUAAAACUCUACAAUUAUAUUCUCCUUUGUUGUUUUAUACGAAUACUGAGAGGAAACUGGAGAGAAUUUGCCUAUUGAUCAAGUUGAUUGUUUCGCAGGUUUUCAUGCUGUUGACUUGGACUCAGCUUCAGUUAAUGAUUUAUUUAUUCCUACUCAGGUCAGUUUGAUCGACAAAUUUCUUUCAUGUUGUUUUUGUUAAAAUUGAAGAAUAUUUUUUAAGGAAAUAAAAGAAGUUCAUUUUUAUUUCUGAAUUUUUCUUGUUUUACAGCUUCAAGAAAAGUUCCAGCCGCAUGCUAUUAUUCCUCUACCAAGUAAGGAUUAUUGUGAUUUUCUCCUUACUUAUGGAGACUGCUAAGGAGAAUUUGUGAUUUUGGUAGCCGUUUCUUUUAAUGAUAUCAAGUUAGAUAUUUACUGUGUCGUUUUAUAAGUCGACCAGGAGUUGAGCGCUUUUAUGAGUAAAAACUGUCUUAGCCUUUUUCGAUAUUGUUUUGCUGGUUUUAAUUAAGUGUUUACGUUGUGUUUUAGGUUCGAGUGGUUUGGAACUCCUCCUCUGUUUUAACAGUAAGUACGGAUGCAUAACUAAUUUAAUUAGACAGGUUGCUUUACCGUUUUGAAAUUCGCCAUCCAUAACCAUCCAUCGAAUCUUUGAGUUUCCACCUAAAGUCGGACGGUCGGUCCAAUUCCCGACUGUUUUGUCGAUUUUGGACUCUUUCCUCGGCGUUGUCCGAAAUUUAACGAAACCGUCCGCAGUCGUAGGGAACCUUCCGAAAUAAUACGAAAUCGACCAAAUCAGGCCGAAUCGUCGGAGAUUAAACGGAAACGAAAAAAAAACGAAACCUUCCCAAUUCGAACGUAAUCACCUAUAAUGAGACGUAAGGAUCCUAAAUUGGAUGGAAACAAAUGACACCGUUCCAAAUUUGAAGAAAUAUUUUGGUCGUUUUAAUUAUAUUGUUACGAUUAUCUUAACACAGAGUCGUUAUGCUCCUACUUUUUAUCUAGAUGAAGGCGUUUACGUUAAUACCAACGGAGAACUGGUGAGACAUGCCGUGUUACAAUGGGGCGAGACUCCAUACGCUAUCGGUAAGUUUUAUCUCCUCUGUAGAUAUGAAUUCCCUUAGGUUUUAUUUUUCUUCGGUCUCUGAUUAUUUUUGUUAAUUUUGUCAAACGCUAAGUUAGUUUUUCAGUACUUUUCACAACUUGGCGGUUAUCUGGCGCUGUGAGAGAAGCACUUUCGCUUUUGAAAAUAUCCUUGGCGUGAUAUCGUACUCCUCAGUCAAAAUUUGAGGGUUUGGGAUUUGGGAUUGCUUUGGUUCUGCUUAAGUCUACUAAGCGCUGUGAUUGGUCCAGAAAACACGUGCCACUUUCUCAACCAAUCAAAUUCCUCACUUGGUCACUUGCGUUUUCCCGCGCUUCAGACAAUUUGACAGUUCUGAGUUCCCGUUGGCUUCUUGUGAUUUUAACCAUUUCCUUGAAUGGCCGUUGUGAUUCGUUUUAUUUUGGUUUAACGACACCCAAUCGUAAAGCACUCUCACAAUCUCAACUAUUUUUGUAAGAAAUAAAGAAAGAUGUUUUUUUUUUUCGUCUUGUCACGAGCGGGGACAAAUAAAAAAAAAAUAUCUUUCUCCAUUUCUUCACCGAGCUCAAAAAUUAGUAUCUUUCUUCCCUUAUUUACAAAACAUUACGCUAUCGACAUUGCUGAUCCUAACAGUAUGUAGGACGCGUGUCAUAUAUAAACUUCGUGAUAGAUCUCGCUCACCGUGGGGUAUCUGUGGCUCAGUGGUACAGCACCGGAGCGCGGAAUCUGAAGGUCUGAAUUUCGAUUCCUCAUGGGGACUUUGUUCCACGUUCGUGAAAAGGCGAAAAAAAAUCUUACUCAGUUUCAAUUAUUAUUGCAGCUCAUAUAGGCUCAGGACAAAUUAUGGGAUGGGGAGAAAAGGCCAUUGAGGUCAGAUCUGUGGAGACGGGACUUUUGGAUGGUGUAUUUAUGCACAAAAGAGCUCAGACGUUUAGAUUUCUCUGUGAGAGAAACGAAAAGGUCAGUCUCUUAUUUGUGCUACUUGUCACGUAACAUGGUCACGCUUUUCGUUUGACGAUUUGUCACGCUAUAUCACAGUCACUUUACCGUCAUUGUUCUUAUUUUUCAUUGCAGGUUUUCUUCGCUUCUCGGUCGAGUUCAAGUGGCCAGAUUUACUUCAUGACGCUAAGCAAGACAUUUAAAAACUUUGGUUACUGAUAUUUACACAAACUGCUCUUUGGGACGGAAAUGAAAUGACGCCUCAUGAAAGAGAGAGCUCACAGGGCUACAGUGGUGGCUACGUUUGUUCGUAAUCUACCUGAGGGAACCUGCAGAGAUUUCACGUGUUCCUCGGAAUAGGUUUUCUUCUUUGGGGUUUAAAACUUAGAAAAUCUUCAUCUAGUUUUUUUCCCUAUCACACUGACCUGAGAAGUGUGCUUUAGCAGUGAAAAGAUUCAGCUCUCGAUUUUUUUGCAAAGAUUAACAGUAUAACUUAUUGGUUACGUUGUAGUAACACAUUUUUAAGGGGUAAGAUUUAAUUAUUUGUAAACAAAAGUGAAAGCCAAAACAAAACAAAGCAGAACCGAAAUUUAACGUGGAAAAGUAUAAUUGCAACUUUGAAAGCACAGAAUAACUUCUCUCGAGAAGCUCUGUAUAAAGUCUUUUUUUAUCCAUGUAAAUACAGUUUUCGUUAAUUAAAUUGCGUUAAUCUUUUUACAUUGAAUUCGGUAUCUUUAAAUCAUGUUGUCAAAUGUGAAUGUUAAUGAGUAAGUUUGAAGUCUAAGAGAGUUUUAGCGCUUAGCCUUUAUUCAAGAAAUUUUUCGAUCUUAACGGCAUGCUUUCUGAGAGUAAGCCAUUUAUUUUAAACAGUGUUGUAGGUUUUUUAAAAAAUCUUUUUGAAUACGUCUUUUAGAGUUUUAGAGGGCCAAUCGAACUCUGACCCACGAAACUCGUUUUAUUUAGUGAACAGAGCCUGCGUUAGUUUAUUAUCGGUCAGUUGUACAAUCGUAUGAUUUUCGGAAACUUCGGUUUCCGAACAUUGAGCACGAAUAGUGUGAUUUAUUUAUUAACUUUAGAGGCGGGACCUUGUUCGUGGAAAAAAA